UGCGUGUGCGCGCGCGAGCUAGCGAACGAACGAGCGAGCGAACGAAAGAGAGAGAGAGAGAGAGGGAGAGAGAGAGACGGGUCGCGCGUUACUCCAAGAGUGAAACGUGAAGUUCCAUCGGAGGUUCGUCGUGGAUAAGCACGCGCGCCGCCACCGCCGCCGCCGUCGUUGCGCGGCUAACCUAAAUAUUCGGCGGCCGUAACAUAAUCUCUCUCUCUCUCUUUCCUUCUGCCACUCUUCCUCACCUUCGUCUCCUCUCUCUCUCUCUCUUUUUCUACAUUCCCCUUCUUCCCCGUCUGGUUUUUUUUCUCUCUCUCUCACUCCGUUGACACGUCGUCAUCAACGGGCAAAUCGUGCUGCCCGUCAACGGCUCCGGCGAGGAUACCGUAGUGGGUCGAGCGCGAGUGCAUGUCGCGCGGACACGUCGCUCUUCGAGCAGUGAGUCGAAACCGCGGUGGUGUGCGCGCCGCGCUUCCACCAUCGUCCUCGUAUCCGUCGGCUCGUCACGCGGAUUCGUCACCACCGCCGUCGCGUUUCGUAAUUUCGCACGGAGGCGGAACACCGUGGGAUACCCUGCGUCACGACACCUUCGAAAUUGUUAGUGUGAAUGAACGUACACGGUCACUGAGAGGAUAACAUUGGUGAAGCAUCUACGAAGUAGUAACCAUGGAGGACGGCCAUUGUAAAACCGUAGAAGAAGUGGUAAAUUACUUCAAUGUCGAUCCUGACCAGGGAUUAAGUCCCGAUCAAGUCAAGAGGAACCAGGAGAAGUAUGGUCUCAACGAAUUGCCAGCUGAGGAGGGAAAAUCCAUCUGGCAACUCGUCUUGGAACAGUUCGAUGACCUUCUAGUUAAGAUUCUUUUAUUAGCUGCUAUUAUUUCUUUUGUAUUAGCCUUAUUUGAAGAGCACGAGGAUGCGUUCACGGCCUUCGUCGAACCCUUUGUCAUCCUGCUCAUCCUCAUCGCCAACGCCGUGGUCGGUGUCUGGCAAGAACGAAAUGCUGAGUCUGCGAUCGAAGCGCUCAAGGAGUAUGAACCCGAGAUGGGUAAAGUUGUGCGAUCGGACAAAUCUGGUGUACAGAGGAUUCGGGCCAAAGAGAUCGUGCCCGGCGAUAUUGUGGAGAUAUCAGUUGGCGACAAGAUUCCAGCCGAUAUCCGUUUGUCCAAGAUCUUCUCGACUACCCUCAGGAUCGACCAGUCCAUUCUGACUGGAGAAUCGGUGUCCGUGAUCAAGCACACUGACCCUGUGCCCGACCCACGCGCUGUCAAUCAGGAUAAGAAGAACAUCUUGUUCUCUGGUACCAAUGUCGCCGCCGGAAAGGCUCGUGGUGUCGUUAUUGGAACCGGCUUGAAUACGGCUAUUGGUAAAAUCCGUACGGAGAUGUCAGAGACUGAGGAGAUCAAAACGCCAUUGCAACAAAAGUUGGACGAAUUUGGCGAGCAACUGUCAAAAGUUAUCUCUGUGAUUUGCGUUGCCGUGUGGGCUAUCAACAUUGGCCACUUCAACGAUCCGGCUCAUGGUGGUUCCUGGAUUAAAGGUGCCAUUUAUUACUUCAAGAUUGCCGUCGCUCUCGCCGUAGCUGCUAUUCCCGAAGGCUUGCCAGCUGUAAUCACGACUUGCUUGGCCCUGGGCACUAGGCGUAUGGCUAAAAAGAACGCCAUUGUACGAUCUUUGCCAUCCGUAGAGACUUUAGGUUGUACAUCCGUCAUUUGCUCGGAUAAAACUGGUACUCUGACCACUAAUCAGAUGUCCGUUAGCCGAAUGUUCAUCUUCGACAAGAUUGAUGGUAACGAUAGCUCCUUCCACGAAUUUGAAAUUACCGGCUCAACUUAUGAACCUAUUGGUGAAAUCUUCUUGAGAGGGCAGAAGAUUAAGGGACAAGAUUAUGAAACAUUACACGAGAUUAGUACAAUCUGCAUCAUGUGCAACGAUUCUGCUAUCGACUUCAACGAGUUCAAGCAGGCAUUCGAGAAGGUCGGCGAAGCUACGGAGACUGCUCUGAUCGUUCUUGCUGAGAAAAUCAAUCCAUGCGGAGUCCCGAAGAGCGGUCUGGAUCGCCGAGCUGGUGCCAUUGUUGUCAGGCAAGAUAUGGAAACAAAGUGGAAGAAGGAAUUCACUCUGGAAUUCUCGCGUGAUCGCAAGUCCAUGUCGUCGUAUUGUGUGCCUCUGAAAACAUCGAAACUGGGAAAUGGACCGAAGCUGUUUGUCAAAGGUGCUCCAGAAGGUGUAUUAGAUAGGUGCACACAUUGCCGUGUUGGUGGUCAGAAGGUCCCUCUUACUUCAACCCUCAAAAACCGCAUUCUGGAUUUGACCCGUCAAUACGGAACCGGUAGAGAUACCCUGCGCUGUCUCGCUCUUGCUACUGCUGAUCAUCCGAUGAAGCCCGACGAUAUGGAUCUGGGCGAUUCCACUAAAUUCUACACAUACGAAAAAGAUCUCACGUUUGUGGGUGUGGUGGGCAUGCUUGAUCCACCUCGCAAAGAAGUAUUUGAUUCAAUUGUUAGGUGCCGUGCUGCUGGUAUUCGCGUAAUUGUUAUCACUGGCGAUAACAAGGCCACUGCCGAAGCCAUCUGUCGACGUAUCGGAGUCUUUGGUGAAGACGAAGACACCACCGGCAAAUCGUAUUCUGGACGUGAAUUUGACGAUCUACCGAUUUCGGAACAGAAAGCAGCUUGCGCCAGAGCUCGCCUCUUCUCUCGCGUAGAACCGGCUCAUAAGUCGAAGAUUGUGGAGUAUUUGCAAAGCAUGAAUGAAAUUUCUGCUAUGACUGGUGACGGUGUGAACGAUGCUCCUGCCUUGAAAAAAGCUGAGAUUGGUAUCGCUAUGGGCUCUGGUACUGCUGUCGCGAAAUCGGCUUCGGAGAUGGUGUUGGCAGAUGACAAUUUCUCUUCCAUCGUAGCCGCUGUAGAGGAAGGUCGUGCUAUUUACAAUAACAUGAAACAAUUUAUCCGUUAUCUAAUUUCUUCCAAUAUCGGCGAAGUCGUCAGUAUAUUCUUGACCGCCGCUCUCGGUCUUCCUGAAGCACUGAUUCCGGUUCAACUUCUCUGGGUCAAUUUAGUUACUGAUGGUCUUCCAGCCACUGCGCUCGGUUUCAACCCACCCGACUUGGACAUUAUGAGCAAACCUCCUCGCAAAGCUGACGAAUCUCUGAUUUCUGGAUGGCUGUUUUUCCGUUACUUGGCUAUUGGUGGGUAUGUAGGCGCUGCCACUGUUGGUUCGGCUGCUUGGUGGUUCAUGUAUAGUCCAAAUGGUCCUCAAAUGAACUACUACCAAGUGACUCAUCACUUGGCAUGUAUUGGUGGUGGAAGCGAAUUCAAGGGUAUUAACUGCAAGAUCUUUGCUGAUCCUCACCCCAUGACUAUGGCUCUCUCUGUGUUGGUCACUAUUGAAAUGUUGAACGCCAUGAACAGCUUGUCUGAGAAUCAGUCACUCAUCACCAUGCCGCCUUGGUCCAACAUGUGGCUUAUCGCAUCCAUGGCUCUUUCUUUCACACUCCAUUUCGUCAUUCUGUACAUCGAUGUUCUUUCAUCCGUAUUCCAAGUGACCCCGUUAACAGGUGAAGAAUGGGUUACCGUUAUGAAGUUCUCCAUUCCAGUGGUACUUCUCGACGAAACCUUGAAGUUCGUUGCCAGAAAGAUCACAGACGUGUCUGGUGUGCCUGUUUCUACUCUGAAGUCAGAACCGGAGCUGUCUGAGCGUUUGCUGAAAUUUCAAGGAAAUGCGAGGACUUCGCACUAACGGAUCUCAUUUUGUAUUCUGCAUACCGUGUCUUCCUUCCCGUAGAGAUAAUGCAUGCACGAUACAAUUAACACCGCACGUUUUCGUAAGAUCCUUUCUUGUUGUAAUCUAUUAUCAUUUACUGUCCUCUGCUGUGCCGAUCAUUGCGACCAAUGCGGUCAAAUCAAUCAUUUUUACUUUACACUUUGCGUAUCUUUCAUAUUUAUGUCAAGUUAUAUUCUUAAGAUAUACAUUUAAAUGAAAAUUUUAUUUUUAUCGAAUGAUGUCUUUGUGAGUUAUUCCUCUAUUAGAAAUUUUCUUAUUAAAAUUUUGUAGAUGAUCAAUAUUUACAGAUUAGAUGAUAGUCACAAAAUUAAUGAAGAAUAAUCGCGAUUGACACGGCAGAGUUUUUUUCUAAUUUCUCCCAUUGGCUCGCGAACACAACCUCUGUCUCCCUAUUAAGUGUAUUAUAACUCAUACGUGUGAUUUAUACGUUUGAAAGAUUUACGCAAUGCAACAGAUUUGCUAAUUUCCGGAUAUGGACUGCAAAGGCUCGUAAGUGUAAGAUAAGGCAAUCGUUAAGCAGAGAAAAUAAUUAACCUCAUUACCUCUCUCUUGUACGCUCGAAACUGAGGGGGCAGUCCAUAGAUUUUUUGGUGCUGCGUUCGUUCUUGUUAAUAUCCGAGCAAUGUUCCGAACGCAAACACACUCAUUGUCGGGAUUAAUUAUCCGUUUUUAUCAAUAAUGAUAUCGAGCUAACUACAUUAAUCAUAGAAUCAAUUAAACGACGCAGAGAUUUUUAAAAAGAAUAAAUUUAUCCUUGAUGAUGAUUUAGUAAUAAUUGCGCGCAUCUAUUUUCUAUUCUUGGCUCUCGAAAAUCUUUUCAUAUUUAGUUUCUUUUUCAAACUAGAAGAAUGAAAGAAUCACAGCUUGCUCUUGAUCCAAUCAUCUUGUAAGUUAUUUAAAAUGAUGAAAAAUAUUUAAAAUAUACUUUAAAAACUUAAUUUAAUUAAUUGAAUUAAUAGCAAAGAAAUCAAUUUUUUAUCGGUAACGAAAAAAUCUAAGAGAUAAUGUGCUAAACGUAUAAUAGGAGAAAAUUUGAUUAGUGGCUUUUUCACGUACAGAAUUUCGUUAAGGAUCGGCGGCCACUGAACCGUAAUAUUUUUAUUAUUAAAAAGUCAUUCGUUUACGUGUACAAGGGAUCCCCUACUUUCCCGUUUGUUUUCUCAUUUCCAACGGUCUCAAAUGAUGAUUGCCGAUCCUCCGAAUUUUUGUAUUGGGAGCAAAUUUAGUCCAUAAUUAGUCGAGAUUACGUCUCGAACGCGAGUGAACGCGAAUUCGGUCACUGCCUUAGCCACAUAACGAAACGAAUAAUCGGUGUCGUCACGAGUACGUGGGCCUUCGAUACAUCUGGCUGCUUAGUCAGUUCAUCCUUUGGAGCGUAUCCUGUCGGUGGGAGCGACCGCUAAUUAAGAGAGGAAGACUGAAAUCGAUAAGUUUUAAUAGAGAUUACACCUUCUCGAUUGUCUCUUCCCAUUCGCUUACGUAAAACUAUUAUCUCUUGCAAAACGAUAUUUCUAAUUUCGUCUCUCUGCCACGUUCGAUCAGAAAAAAAGAAAUAAUUGGCAGAGAGCGGUAUAUCGUCACGUGGGAGACGGCAAAUUUAAGCGGUUUACGCUUGCGUCGGCAGCACACGAUCCAGGAUGUCAUCCAGAUCUUCGUAGAGAUCGCCGUGAUUCGGCCGUUCGCGAUUCAGCGCGCGAGAAACGCAGCGUGCGAGACGCUUCUCCGCAAAACACGUGCAAACGCAACAAGACUGACGAUGUGUUCCGGAGAGAAGUGGAUGUGUUUCCGCUGCGUUUUCUUCUUGUUUUUUUUUCUUCGGUGCGCGACACAGGAUAAUUUAAUUGCGCCACACCCUUGGCGCUUCAGGAAUCGGCCGCGGUCGCGCGGUGCGACAUUGUAAUAUAAUUAAUUAAUUAAUUAAUUAGUAACGGUUAAGGCGUGAUACUUUGGUAUGGGCAUAAUUAAAACUUAAUCAGACCGAACGAGUUAGCGCUAUCGCACUAACGAACUUGUGUCUCGAGUAGUGUUCCGUUUCGCAGUUUAAUUUUUAGCGCGAGAUAAAGCUACCGGCCUUGUGUCCCUGCGAUCGAUGUGACCUGUGUCGCGAGCUUUGCCUUCGACAUCAUUUGAAAGAAAAUCCAUUCGCAAUUGAAUUUUGCGUUUCAAUAGCCAGGUAAUGAAUUGUCGGGAAAUGUAUGUAAUUUUUUAAUUAUCUGCCUGGAAAGGAUCCGUUUUCGCAAUCGUAGUAUUGUUUCUUAAAUAAAUGUUUACUGAGGUAUUUAGACCGGGCCUCGAAUUUCUUCAGAGAUAAUCUCCGAAUCCCGAGGCAUCCCGUAACACUUGCCACUUAUCAUGUUUACCCACUGUGACGCAGACAAUGAAUGCGCUGCUCAUUCGGUGUUCGGGAGCGUGAUCUAGUAAUUGGCAUGGUUAGCACAGGUACGCUCGCGCGCGGGGAUCAAUGCCGGUGCGAAGAGUAAUGCAGUUCUCUACGACGCUCAAUAAGUUCGACGAAAUUAAUCGGGGAGUACGGAUGCAAGACGACUCUCGAACGACGGAUCUCGAAAAUGCGCGAAGAAAGAUCGCUCUGAAUUUCUUUAUGAAUCGCUAUAUUUGAAAGUCUGCAAUCUUGGUGAAAAUAUGAACAGACAGAUGUAGAUCUGUAAUUAAAUUUAAGAAACGGGGAUGUUACUCUUUUACUGCGUGAUUACACACUCGUAUCUCGUACGUUUUUUUUUUUCGGGAUUUGUCGCUUAUUGCUAUCUCGCAUCCGAAUUUCCAACUUCGUCCACGAUGUAUCUGUAAGUACUUGAAUGUGCAUUGUAUUAUAUGUUGACCGAGAAUGACGGGGUAGUGCCAUCACGACGAAAGUAUACUGCCCGUCACGCAAAUAUCGAUGCGAACAAAAAGUAGAAUCUUAUCAUUAAUACAUAACAUUAUAUAAAAGGAAGUAAUGAUUUAUAAUUAUUCUAUCUCUUCGCAUGUUAUUUAUUAACUAUAAUUUAUUGAUUUUCAUAAAAUGAACUGUACAUGCGUGCUGAGAGUUAAUCAGUUCAUUAGUAAACAAUAUUCAUUGAUCUUUGUGUGACGUUGACAAUCGCAGUGUCCAACGAUGAUGAGGCUACUGAUCGCGUCGUUUCCUUCAGGAAGUACCUAUUUCUCUAACGAUAAUUGAAGUAAUAUUAAUAACUUAUGAAAUACUAUCGUUGAGUGACUUCGAGUAUACACACGCCGCGGACGUGCUUCGCGGCGAAAGACUAACCGGGAACAUAAUUCCGGGUAUAAAAUCUUCGUAGAGACGGAAAUAUUAAAAAUAGAAGGAAUAAAGAGAAAUUAUAUACACGAAUCCGAUUGUUGCGCGUGUUACGAUCCAGUCUAUGCAUAUACGAUAAGUACAACAUUACGUUAUCAUGUAAUUACCGCGCCAGUUCUCCGUGUUGGCGUUCGCAAUUUUGUUUUAUUUAUCGUCCGAUUUGCCUUUGUCGUGUAUUCAAUUUGAAUUCGUGGAGCGACAUUAUAACAAGUGAGAGAAUAUGACGAUGGAAUGAUAUAUAAUGCAUUACUUGUUAUAAUAAAAGAAUCAUGUGUUACUAAUGCGUUUCUCGAUCCUCCGACGAUUGGCCUACUAAUCGAAGCAAUAAUUCUCGCUUGAAAUUUGACGGCUGUCGCCAUCGGAAAAAAAUCGAGCACUUAGUACGAUCAGUGUCGUAAUAGGUGUUCGGUUCAGUUUGUCCCCGCCUAAACCUAUUUUUCGACUUUUUUUCUCUCGUUGUCUGUUAUCCACCCUACCACAUUCCGAAUGUUCAUUGUAACCAUAGCUGGCUUAAGACAUUCAGACAGCUGGUGGGCCAGAGAGUUACAUGAGAUUACAGAGUUACUGAAUGUACAUUUGAAAUUCAGGAGGGAAAUAAAAUUCCCAUUUUAUUCGUAGUUUCUUUUUCUUCAUAAAUAAUAAAGUGAGAUCAAAAGUUUUGAGACGAUAUAUUUUUAAAGUUAUACGUAUGUGUAGGUUGAAAUGGAAUUCUACUCAGCAAUUGUUAUUCAAUUAAAUUAAAAACAAAAAAAAGCAAAUUGAUAUGCAAUAAUUCUAAAAUAUAUAAUAUGUAUCACGAAAACAUUUAAUUUUUUAACAUAAUGAAACGAUCAAUAAACGGUGCGCUGUGGCCCACUUAUUCAAUGAUUAAGGCAGCUCUCUGCUUGUAUAACCCUUGUGAUUUUUCAACGUAACAAAUCGGAAGGUUCUCAAGGACUUGGGCAUUAUCUUGUAUAUCUCACCAUCAUCGCACUGUGUGUGUGAAGACAAGAUUUUGAAGAAACACACUACAUGAUGCCAAAACUUCUCGACAUAAUUGCGUCUACGAGGAAUUUUUCUAUUAUCUCUACUAUGAUUACUGGUGUGUCCUAUUUCUCUCCCCCGACCCUCUCGAGAUUUGUUGUUUGAAGUUUUUGCAUGCAUUCACUGGAAAAAGACCGAUGUGAUAACUGUCGUGUCGACCCAGAAUGAGUCCUAAAAUCGAGGAUACUGAAAACACCCCCUCGACACAUCGCGCGACCUCGACACCCAACCCCUUCUUGCUAACUUCCCCCUGCCUGCUGGUGUGCCAAACUGUACAGUCACGGAGAGAGCGAUCUUCGAGGGCGAUCUACGGAUGUGCACACGGACGACACAGUGGCACCGGCGGUGAUGCCGAAAUAAAGCUCGAGGGGACGUAGGGCGAAUCUGAGAGACACCUAAUCGGCCACAGCCGAGAAAUCGGCGACCAACAGCACAUAACACUCUCGAGCUGCUCGAAGGGACUGGAGACGUCUUUGACCUAAAAAAAAAGCCGAAUAUUUUCCGAAUAAAACCAAAGUUACCCCACCCCACCGACACACAACACGCUCCGCAAUAAGCACCACCGGUCCACGCACGCAUGGGCACGCUCACGUUCGUCUGCGUGGCGAUCGGCAUCCGAGAUCGAUCUCCCGCGGGAUGACGAAGAGAUAGAAAAGAGAACGAAUGUACGAGCGUAGUUUUACGACGAUCGGAGUAUUAAUUGCAGUCGCGUAAGACCUCAUCCAUCUUGUUUGUUUGAUAUUGUUGCUCGUGUUAUUAUGCGCUAGUAGGUUUCUAACGAUGCCAUGAUUGUGAUGAUAAGCAAAUAAGGAUAUUGAUCUUAAUGGAAUUGCGUCAAAGGCUGUAUUUUAUUUUUAAUCACUGCUCCAUUGUCGAAAGGAUAGCUGCUCACAACAGUGGCGAGAGACGCGUCGCAAUAUUCUUCUUGUACAAAAAGAAUAAUUACAUGACGUUAGUCGAUUAACGUCAAUUCGAAACUACAUCGAUCUCGUGACCAUUCCUUUUCACAAAGGAGAUCCGUACAUUCGUUCGUGCAUGUCGCAUCCAGUUAGUCGGAUUAAUUCGAGGACCGAUCCGUUUCAGACCGCCGACAUCGAGAGGAGGUGAUGCCGACGCAGUGCCGAGAGAGCUGCUAAAACAGUCGGCCGUUCAACAUUUUUUUAAAUCUCCUUUAGUUCGCCAAUUAGGUCUCCGCUACUCGUUAAUCGUUCUCGUGUGUGUUAUGUUGCAGUAAAUGAGGUGGUCGUCGACAAGUGGGCCCAGUAAAUGAGUGGGUCGUCGACAGGCGUGAUCCCACACUCCGUCGCCGCCGCCAUCGAGCGCGCGAGGCUCAACCCAAAAAUUAAAAAAAAAAAACACCCGAACAAAAGAGAAAAUAAAAAGAUGCAAAGACGAACGACUAAAAGCGUGAAAUAACCGGCGUGCGCUUGUGCUCCGUAGAGCGCUAUAAUAACAACAGCAGCAGCAACAGCAGUAGCAACGUACUCGAUAACCACUUAACUACUUGCCAACCUGCAGUUCGGGAAUUCCCCCCCGCGCCCGGGACUUCCUCGAUCGCUGAGUAGACACGCUGCACCGCUUCGCCGCCGCUGCUUUCAUUCUUUCCCAUCUUCUCUUCUCCCUCUCCGCAAGAUCGCUGCGCACGAGGGGUCGUUCGAGUCGAGGUCGUCGUCCCCGAGGCCGACGAAAGCGAAGCGAACGAACGGCUUUGGGAAACUCUUCGUCUUCGGUGUCUGGAGCCGCAUAUUAAUGUUCUUAACUCAACGACUGUGCCUUCUUAAAGCCAAUUGCGCUAAGGUCGGUUAGCGCUAAUCUCUACUGUGCCACCCUCCUCCCUCUGUCUUUGCAAAGUGUCAUUUGCAGUUGCGGUAGUUGCAUUCGUGAAAUUAUAGAAAGAGGCUCUUGAUUAGUAUUUUAUUACAAACUCCGGUUAUCUUUAUCGAUAUUAAAAAAUGAUCGAUUUUUUAAGAAUAACUCUAAAUUAAUAUUUUACUUUAAACUACUUUUUUUCUAAAAAAAAAAAAAAACUGAUGUUAAUCGAAGCCUGGAAUAAUUGGAAGAAAUCGAUAGAGAUUCUCCUUUCAUUUAACACCUUGUAUUAGACAGAGGCAAAAGAUUAGCUGACUCAAACCGCCGGUGCAAUUCAGCUUUAGUUUCCUACCCGAGCGAGGAACGACGCGACAUAACUGAUCGCGAGAAAGUAGAGAAGCGCUGCCUUGUAGUCCCCUUUUAACCCCUGACGCCUCGGGGGCGUGUUAACGCACAUUCAGUCUAACGGCCACGUAGCCCUUUCCUAAAUCCAAGUAACUGUCAAUCGAUCAUAUCGCUCAUGCUUCCGAAAGUAUUCCGAAAGUAAGUAAUCAAGACAACUUGCCUGAAAAAGGCUUGCUCUUCGAGCGAGAUUUUCAGAGUAAGAUAUUCGACAUAAUCGAAAAAGUCACUCUCUCGAUCCUCUCGAGAAUCUUAUUAAUAAAACUAGAAAAAAGACAAAUUUAAGCAUUCGCUUUUAACGUAUUUAACGUUGCAUUCGUUUCAUCUCAUUGUCUUUUUCACCCUUCUCUCUCAACCAUUUACAGGCGCGCUAUUUUUCUCGCUAUUUUUCUUCCUACCUCUUUCCGCGCCUCUUUACCGAUAUGGCGUUCUAUUGCUUUCUCUUCUCUAUUUUUCUCUUUCUUCUUCUCACAUUUUUCUUCUUUCCUAUUCUGUCUGUUUUUCCCGAUGUGAAGAUUUCGCUCUUGGCGGUACGUUCUUCCACCUAACAAACUCGACAGUCGUGUCCUCGACUAUAUAGACAAACAAAGGCAAUAAUCUACAUUUUCGAUCGAAGCUGAGCUAACGACGUUGAAGAAAUCCACGUCUCUCAACAUAUGUGUACGCAAAAUCAACUAGUCUGUUCCUAAAAAUGGAAGCUAUCGAUCCAUCACGUUACUGCGACAUGGUUAAUGGACUUUUAUUCGAUAGUGAAGAUUGUUGCCUUGAAAUUCUUUUACGUCUUCCGUAAAAGCAUAUUGUAUCGUCAGAAGCGAUCAACCUUUCGGGUUGAAAAAAAAAAACGGCCCCUUUAUCGGGAACUCCCUUAGCUUCCAAGACGCCGUAUCCUGCCCGCGAUAUGAGAGAACCCGCGUAGAUUAGGUACCUAAUCACACGCGGAGAUUAGGUACCCGGUCUCUCUCUCCCCUAUCAGCCACGAACGACGAAAUCCUCCGUAGCUUGGAACGUCCGGUUCGACGAGAAAAAAAGACCCGUCACUCGUACCUGGAACGCUCAAUGAUGCCACAGUCCGUCCGCGCGCGCUCGCGUUUAUCCUGCGGACAGUCGCGAAAAAGAGAGAGAGAGAGAGAGAGAGAGAGUCCUGUAUGUGCUAGAAAGAGAGAGAGAGAGAGAGAGAGUGAACAAUUGUGUGUGUAUGUGUGUAUAUGUGUGCGUGUGUCUCUGUUCUUAUCGCGCAGAACGAACGAGGAACGAAGAAACCUACUCGCGCCGUUCUGGGUCUCCGUAAAUCCUUCAGGGAUGCAACUCGCAGCUGCACAUCCUGCGUACGCGAUUCAUCCGACAAUCAUCGCACAGCGAAGACGCUCGUCGGAGGCAACCGGACGGUGGGAACGAAGGAGAGGGUUGACCAGAGGGGUCGUUCGACUCCUCGGAACGAAUUGACGAGUGGUGCCUCUGCGGAAACGAAACGAGAAGCGACGACGGUUUCGAGCAGUGACGUAACUUUCGCGACUGGAGGCUGCCGCGACGAGAUGCUUCACGCUCGCGCGUGAUGCGAGUUGAUUGUACUUGUGAGCUGAUAACGAUGCCACCGGUGCACGGCGUUGAAGCUCCUUCCGCACGAGCCACCCUUCCCCCGCGAAAACAAGGCGGAAGUUAACUUUGCGAAAUACCACCUUGGAAGAGACUUUCCUUUCUUUUUUCGAAUCUCCUUGUGCAAACAAAGGAGAGAUUAUCGCAGAAAGUGAGCCAUCAGGAGAGCGGCUCGUGCGAGAGGGAAUCGCGAAGCGGAGAAGGUUCGCCUCCGGACACGCAUGAAACUUACGCCACCGGGAAAUCCAGUAAUCUCGCGAGAGUUAAGUAAUUAUUGUAAAUAUCCGUCGCGCAUGCGAUGAUACAUAACAGAGGAGAGAUAUUCUACAUAUAAAAAUACAUAGUUAUAUACACAUAUUAUAUAUAUAUAUAUUUUUUUUUUUCUUUCGUGAAGAAGAGCGCACAGAUGGACGCGUCGUCGCUGCGGACGAUAAUAAAUUAUUGUUAUUGAUAAUAUAUUAUUACUAUUAUUAUUAUUAUCGUCAUCGCUACUUGUUAGUAUUACUGUUAUCAUUGAGAAGCGUCACUGGUUUGGUGAUAUACUGUAUAUUGUACGGCGUAAGCGCGAAACUUUUCGAGGACCGGGCUUCGAGCGAGAAGGAUUCAAACUGCUGAAGCUCGUGGUUGUGGUUUUUUUUUUCCUCCCUUGUUUAUAUUCAUACACGGUUAAUUGUUCUUCGUGGUGACAUUAGAGGCGGAAUUAGCCACCUCGCGGCGUUCUGAUUGUUACUUAGAGAGAGAGAAGGAGGAGAGAGAGAGAGAGAGACAGCCACCUUUUCUCGCUCCGUUGAUUUUCUCGCUCCGUUGAUUGCGACUCUCUUCGGCUUUUUCUCGACUAAGACUGACGAGACUUCUCGUAGCGAUAGGGUAAUUAAUAUCUAACCGUUAGACACACCGUUAAACCAUCGGCGGAUACAGCGAGCGUCAGUCAGCCUCGUCUCGCCGCAAGAGAGAUCUCGUUCUUCGGUCGUUUCGCGUCUCGCCUUUAAAGAUCGGCCCUAUAGACUUGUCCGGACGCAAGUGAUAACAUCGCUCCAUCGUCACGAACCGAAAUUGAAUUCGUCAUGUUUGCGAAUUCUCGUCCGUAAACGUCCUCGCGUGUUCGGGGUAGGACGCGGCGGGUGGAGGUUUGUCGAGGCGCGUAUUGGCUACUUUCUCGUUACGGCUCUUUGCUCCCGACAUUAUUAUUAUCGUGUGUUGACACCUCUAGUGGUAUACGUCGCGUGUUUCUUGAAUUUUUCUAUUUCGCUCUUUUCUCGCCCUCAUCUUGUCCCAUCCGGUCUCUCUUCUCCCUGGACUACUUGUUAUUCUUCCGCCUUAUUCCUGUUCUCGUCGCAGCCCGCGCAUCACGUCUCACGUCUCGACGAUCGUCAUUUCUCGCCCUCUAUUACUAAAUACAUAACUAGCAGUUAAGAAUUUUAACGACCCGCGACGCAAAAGUUUAUAGGAAUCGCCGCCGACAGGACGCGAGAUUUCUGGUCGACUUUAGCUCUCGGCACGAAAGUAAGAUAAGUAAAGGCCGCGCGCGACGCGAGUUCCUCGACGCGAGUUCCUACCGGCGACGAGCUGAUCGCGCGCUGGUGAGAAAACGUCGUCACAUUCGUCUUCAAACAGUGUGCAUGUGAGAGUGUUUGUGUGCGUGUGUGAGAGAGUGUGUGUGUAUAUAUAUGUAUAUCAUUAUGUACAUUAUAUCUGUUACAUAUUAUGUACAUACAUAUAUGUAUAUAUAUAUUUAAAAAAGGGCACCUCUUCGUGCCCCCGAUAAAUUGCUCCGUAUACAUCACUCGCGUCAUCCUAAUCGGAUACACGUAGAUACGUACGUGUCGAUGCGGAUAUUCUGAAUACCGAUCGUUACGUACGUAGGUACGUCUAUCAUUUAUUUCGCCCAUCCUGUAAUUAAAGCUCAUCAAUUUUUAAUGUAUGUGAACUAUUGUCGUGGCGUGUAAUAUUCGUACUUGUAUAAAGGCAAUCGCCCGCGCUGACGCUCCAAUCGUUCUCGCUCGAAUCGUCCACGUUGGAGCAUACUCUUAAGAACAAAUUUCAUUAUUUUCUUCGAAAAUGGUGACAAACCUUGCACAUUUCUAAUGUACGCCGACAGCUCUGUACGAAUAAAGGUUUGGAAGUAAUCUCA